CCUAUUGCAGUWUGKWUUUCUCAAGAUCUUUGGAAGUGCAAAGCAACAAAGAUCCUCGUAUGAAAAAAAAUUGCGUGGAAAACAACGCGAUGUUUCCGCAGAUCUAUCYCCCMCCGAUYCCUGCCAUAAUUUUCCCGAGUAUAUUGCACACCGAGGAAUAAUAGUGUAACCAUGACGAAUUAUCAAAGCAUCCCAUCUUACCAAGAUGAUGACACUGGUGUCGAUCCUGUUAUCAACGAUCAGCAAUUGAUCCCCGAUCAUGGCUUAUUGACCAAACGCCGUACUCUUGCCGGCGUUUUCGCUUUCGUUUUUCUUGUGCUAGGAUACGUGGCAAGUUACACGGAUGUUGGUGUCACUACGUCAAAUGCUACAAAGGUGAGUUGUCUUGUUCUAAAGUAUACAUCGUCGCUCUUCUUGGCUUGCCGCCGGCUUGAAUCGCAGCGCAGGGCAUGUUUGCUCCGUGGAAACCAAAUGAGUUUCGGGGGUUGGUGUCGAACGUGUCAACAAAUUCUCGUGGCUCAUGUUGUUGUUAUUUCGAUAUCCUUCAACUUUUUACGCUAGGCUGCCUUCUGGGGCACUGCUUUGGAAAAUGGCGAGAAAUGCUGGGUCUCCGAAAAGACUGCUUGCGCGUCCAACGUAUGUUGCCCUGUUUCGUGGGGUUUUAUUGGUGUACUCGGCGAAUGCAAAACUUGUUGCAGUAGCCAGCAAUGCACUCCACCUUACAGUCCAGCACCACCUGCUGGAGAAUGGGGUGAUGCAUUUUGUGUCAACGACACUUGCGCGUCCCAUUUGUGGGAAUUCGCAGAGCCUAGAAUCCCCAAGACCGGAUAUCCAGUCUGGCUUCCAAGCGAAACGCUCGAUAACAGUAAAUCGUUUCGUCGACUCGAUAUGCCGCGUACCGUCAUGGAAGACACGACGCCCGUGUUCACGCAGCUGUGGUAUUUUGACUUCAACGAACAAGAGGACUCUUUCAACAAAGAUGACAUCAUUAUCACCGAUACUAGCAUCUCAAUUCCGGUGUGGAAUGAGUUGCAUGCUUCUUACUCGAGGUCAUACAACGUGUAUGAUGAGCACGAGACAGGAAUCGUUACCCUAGUUGCGGGCGACAAUGAAAUGUCUCUGGUGACGGACUAUCCAAUGGGAUCUUUUGUCGAAAAAUACCACACUCUGACUUACGAUGGUAUCAAGAAUUUUGAUCGCGCAAAUUAUAUCCAGCAGAAGGCCAAAGAAAGGAUUAAUGAACCUUUUGAUGGACCAGCAUGGUGGAGUCGUGCCGUUGCCAUGUUUCUCGCAUCGGCAAGAAGAGAUAUAAUUACAGCACAAGUUGAAUCCGGUGUUGAUAAAGCCUUAUCAUGGCAGCUACGUCGCUAUGCCACUGACUAUGCAGCGGAAGACUUUGGUUCCGUGAAUCCAAGCACCUCUGAAGUCUGGGCGAGUCACACUGAAAACGCAAAGAAGGCUAUCGAACUAGCCAAAGACCCUAACUUUGAAAGAGAGUACUUGAAGUCAGAACAGCACUGCAAACACUUUGAGGCUGGGCUUGGAGUUGACGUCAUCAAAAAUGAUGAGGGGGUUCCAACCCACCUCACGUUCCCUCUAGGUCGACCAUUCGUUACCACUAGUGGCGAGAUGGUGAACGCUCCAGUGCAUUAUCUUGGAUUUGUCGUUGGGCAUGUAACCGCUCAUUACGAAGACAACAUCCUCCAACUUUUUUAUGAGGGGCAUUCUGUGUCUCGUCAAUACUCAGACGUAGCAUUCACACCACCAUAUCCUAAUGGACUCUAUGUCAGUCCCGUUGCGGAAGGGCCUGACUACGUUGUCGACCCUGAUCUUGAUGGUAGAUCCGAUGUUUACCUCAAACUGACACAACCUGACGACGACUUGACCAUGAACGACUUCACCAUGAGCUUGGGAUUAGUUGAUGUGGAAACAGACUUUACUUUAUGGGGACGCUCCAAAAGUGAAAUUUGCGAUCCCGAUGUCAUAGACGAUCCCAUGUGGGAAGAAAUCGACCUAGGUUCAGACGAUGACAGCGCAUUCUCAAAGAUUGCGGGGAGUUUGCAACUUGCGAAGGGUGUGGUCAGGGGCAUGCCGUGCGCAGAUGUCUGGAUGCGUUCUGAUGCCGGACCUGCAACUCAUAGCUAUGAUGCAAACGAGAUGGGCGUUUGGGCCCACUUUCUCACGGAGGUUCCAGACGUGCAGACCAAGCCGAUGGGUCUAGGAAGGUUCUGGGAUGACUGGGAAUGUUUCUAUCAAAACAAACCUUAUUCCCAUUGUCGAGGCGAGAGAACUUUGUAAAUCCAUUCAUGUUUUGCGGGCGAAUGAUGAUGUUGAGACGAAUGCCCAAUGCUAGCACUACUACUUCUCCUCGCCGUGUAGGGAUUGUAGCAGUGUACCCGGACUGGGUCUUUUCAAUGUCGGAGUCACCGUGUAUUAUUCUCAUCAAUCACUUUUAGGAAAGAAGAAAAGCAAUUCAAAUAUUACCAAAUUUAGUAAGGGGCAGAAAAGAUACAUUGGCUUUGUCGCCGAGCCCGCCCAUGAGGCGUAAAAAGAAACAAAAUAAAAAGAUUCAGUUACU